AUCGUCUCCCUCACCUCUCUGCCCUCUACUUCCUCCCGCACCUCUCUCUCCUCUCUCCACCCUACGUCCUCUCCUCUCCCUACCCUCUCCUCUCUCCCUCCUGUUCUCUUUCCACCCUACCUCCUCUCUCUCCUCGCCUCUCUCCACCCUACCCCCAAACCAACCCCACACACACAACAAAAACAGAUUAUUUAAAUAUAUAUUUCUGUAAUUUGCAGAACAUUUUUGCACUACAAUCAUCUUUGGCUGGUACCACUACCACUUCUGCUACUUAUUUGUUUACUGAUUUACUUAUCUUGUAUUGUUGCUCCUAUGUGGCUGUUGAGGAACCAAGCCUAAGAAUUGAACUCUUGUGUAGUUGUACAAUAAGAUGUAAUGAAAGUAACUCUGAUUCUGAUACCUCCUCUCCUCUCCUCCCCAGUCUUGGAUCGGCCUGGCGGCUCUGACAAUGGCCACCCUCCACACGCUGCUCUUCGGCUGGGACCGGGCCUUCGACCCGGGGCAGUAUCGCCUCUGCCUGCCGCCCACCUUCAUGGUGGCGCUGGCCCUGCCCCUGGCCGUGCUGUGCAGCCGGCUGGCCCUCAGCCUGCCCUGCCUGGCGGCGCCGCUCGCACGCAUCCGCCGCGGCUGGGAGAGGAGCCGGCACCUCCGCUUCUCCCUGCCCGUAGAGGAGGGCGGGGCCGUGGGGAAUGGACGCUCACUGGAGGACAUCAGCGACGUAUAGCUAUGAGAAGAGAAGAGGGCGUUUGGCAGGAGAUCUCCGUGCAAUCAAGCACCACCCGUGUGUCAGCAAAUGCAGAAAACUCAGGUGGUAGGUGAGCCCUGACAACUUCAGGUGGGAUCCACAGACGCUGGCUUCCCAGCAGAAAGUACAGGAAGUGUGUCCAAGUGGACACAAUCCGACUGGCAGUGCUGCGGUGGAUACUGAACCUCUCUGCAAGGUCCCUGACUCCUGAGAAGUAAACCCGCUGACAGAUGCAUCAGGAAGAGCAGCAGCUCGUCAAUAGGUGGAAGUUUCUGUUGAAAAAAAUAAAAUACGUUUUUGUAACCUUGCAGACUAACAUUUUAAUUACUUAUUGUUAUUAUUAAAGAGUUUAAUCAGAAGACAUGAUACAAAAGUGAUCUGUGUAGCAUUAUACUUUAAUUAGUUAAACCCAAAGCAUUGGUAAUAGGCCUAUGUCACACUUCCUGCUUCCGGAACGCGUAGUAGGGUAAUCCAACUUCCGGUCGCGUCUAGCAGCAACAACAAUGGCAGCCCCCGUUCGCAGUUGUUCUUGUAGUGUACCGUGUUGCUCUACAUCAGGACGUAUACAGCCAUACCUCAGCUUCCACACUUUCCCGAAGGACAAAAUAAAUCUUGGUUGAGAUUAUUUUUUGCCCAUUACGGUCCUAACGUGCGAGUGAUUCUAGACUGCACAGAAAUCAGGUGUGAGGCACCCUCAUCACUCACCCUCCAGUCUGAAACAUUCUCCCACCACAAGAAUACCAACACCUUCAAAGGUCUGAUCGGCAUUGCUCCAUGUGGAGUUAUCACCUUAAUUUCUAAGCUGUACACUGGUUCCAUAUCAGACAGAGAAAUCACACAGCAGUCAGGAAUCCUUAGUCUACUUCAGCCAGGAGAUGCAUGCAUGGCUGACAAAGGCUUUGUCAUCCGACAAGAUGCUUUCUGAAGUUGGGGCCACCCUCAUAAUGCCGCCAUUUAAAAGAGGCGCCAGGUUCACCAGUGAGGACACCGAAAAACCCCAGAGUAUCGCCCGACUUUGGUGCAGAGGGCCAUCAGAAGGGUCAAAGAAUAUCAUAUCUGGGACACGACCAUUCCUCUGACUCUUUCAGGCUCUGUCAAUCAGCUGUGGGUAAAUUGUUGCUUGAUGUCUAACUAUCAAGGUCCUUUAGAUGUGAAGGGUGAUGUCCCAGUGUCACACAUUAAAACACACAUGACGUCACAUGACUAUUUUCAAACAUUUAUUAAUGUUCUUUGUUUACAUUUAGAAGAAAGAAAUUAAAAUGGUGUGUGUGUUUGUGUCCGUCCGUCCUUUUCAAAUGUUUAUUUAAUGUUUGUUUCCAAUUCUUUUUUAUAAAUAUAAAUGUACAUAUAUACAUAUUUACAUUUAACAGAAAGAAAUGAAAUGUUCUGUGUGUGUUAGGCAAGGCAACUUUAUUUAUGUAGCACUUUUCAUACACAAGGCAGACUCAAAGUGCUUCACAUAUAAACAUUGUCAUACAAUAAAAUAGAUAAGUAUAAGAAAACAUAUGCAAAGAAAUGAGUAAAAUAGAAAGUGAAAGGCAUUUUAGUAUUACAAUAAAAAAUAAAGGCAAAGUUAAAAAAGCUUUUUAGAAAGUGCAAUGUAUUUAAGAUGUAGCAGAAAGCUAAUGCAAACAUAAAAGUCUUCAGGCUUGCUUUAAAGGUGCUCAGAGUGUGUUACCUUAAACAAAUGUUCAGGAAUGUUUGUUUCCAAUUCUUUGAUUAAAAUAUUUACAUAUAUACAUUUAACAGAAAUAAAUAAAUGAAAUGGUGUGUGUGUGUGUGUGUGUCCCUCGGCCAUAUUUACUUGGCAUUCAGGAGGUAUGUGUCCAUGUAUGUGUUAAAAUAAAACACCUAACCCAAACCUUGGGUUUCCUGACCACAAGUUGGUCAGUGGGUUCCGGGCGAAUCCCCUGGAGCGAAUCCCCUGGAGCAAAAAGAAAAAAUAUGUCAGCACAUAAAUCAUAUUGUCAGUGUAGCAACACUUAAGUCAGUGUUAGUCAUGUCUGUCUAUAUACAAGAACUUCGAAUACUAUUAUUGAGUAGACUAUACAGGAUGUUUGGCUAGGCCUGAGGUAUACACAUAAACCUGUGUCCUUGGUCCACGACUGCAGAACACUGGUGCACGACAGAGGUGUUGGCACGCUUUGCUCCCCUGUGAAGUGGUAGUCAUGUGUCUGGAAGAGCAGAUAUAAAACAAAACAUGACAAUCUGCAACAGCAGACAUGAAACAAAACAUUAUCAUCUGCAACAGCAGAUCUGGAGAAAGAGAGAGCAUUUUGGAACAGCAACAAGAAACAACAAUAAUAAAAACACACAGACUGAACAUGCAACUGAAUCUGUGAAGGUCUGAAACCAUGCUCCAUUAUGCUACAUAUUACGAGGUGGGCCUGUUGUUUGAAUCACAAAAUGUAAAUCUAAUUAAAGUGGUCAGAAAGGUAGGCCUAAGUAACAGUCCCAUUGAUUCACAAAAUACUAUGAAAAGCGAGAUAGAGUUUGAUUUCAGACUCAGGCCUGACUUCCUAGCACUGUAACCUGCAGGGUGUGAGGCUCAUCGUUUUUCUUCUGCGAACAGUAGCAGUUCGCCCGAACUGCUACUUCCAAAUUAACUAAAUCUGACACUGCAGUAAGAGAGGGAAAGAUUAACACACCAUACAGCAAAAUGUAUGGGCAUUGGUAGCCUAUGACAGCCACCCAGCCACUAUGUUCUGACAGUAGCCUGGAGCUAAUCUGACAUACUAUCGACACUUACAUGUACGGUAGGCACUGGCAGUGCCUACCUACCUAUACCUAACAUCUUGGGGUUCGUCAGGAAAAGUUUCAGAGACACUCAAACUAAAUAUGUAUUCCUACCAGUGUAAAUAAUAUUUUGCGAUUAAUUAAAAAGGAUACAUUUUAACUGACAUGUAUUACACUAAUGCUGCUAUCCAUUUGGAUGUACGAAGUGGUAAAGUCGCAAAUCUCCCAGCUUUCUUGCGGCAUUUCACUGAGGCACGCCCCCUUUUGGUCGUAGCAUCUCGUCGCUUUCAAAGUAGAGCGAGCAGAGCUGUACAACUCGUCAAGAAGAUGGCUGCGCCCAUAGUCAAUGGUAAGUUACGAUGUAUUUUCUUUGUAUUUGUACCACGUUGGUGGUUUUAAUGUCGUUUUUAAAUCCUCUUAAAUACUUAAUUUCAUUGCUGCUUUAAUCCGGUGACCAAUUUAUGCAUUGCACGGUCUUGCUUUGCGUGCAAUUCAAUGUAAAGUUGUGUUUUCAAGCUGGUUUGCUAAAAUAGGCUAUGUUGCCAAUGAUGACUAGCCCGCUACUACCCCUCGUGGCUCGACAGAAACACGACAGCACUUGUUGAAAUUAAAAUUGGCGAAAAUGGCAAAAUAUUAUUGCAAUGUAAAAUAAUAAUAAUAAUAAUAAUAAUACAUUUAAUUUAGAGGCGCCUUUCAAGACACCCAAGGUCACCUUACAGAGCAUAUAGUCAUCAUAUAUCGUUUAAAAAACAAGACAUUGUGGACAUUUUUUUAAUAAAACAUAAAAAAUUAAUAAAACAAAAACAAGACAAAACAAAACAAACAAACAAUCAAAACAGUGAUCAGUUAGGCGUUGUGUGCGAGUUUGAACAGGUGAGUUUUGAGUUGUGACUUGAAGGUUGUAAUGGUUGUAAAAGGCUUGCAAUGUUAAUGUUUCUGUAAAAGCUGACAACCAUUAUACACUGGAUUAUUUAUUUUUUCCAAAAUAGUUUUCCUCAACCAGAGCAUGCAUGCAUUUCUGGACAAGGACAGGACCAUGCCAUUUAUUGGUAAUCUGUACCAGCUGGACCACAGACCAGGACAGUACUAUGUGGACGAGGGCCUCAUGGUGGCUGCCACCAUACACACGAUGGAUUGCACUUGCACGGAUACCUGCAAUAUCCAUCCAAAUCCACCAAGGCGGUUGAACGAGGUGUUUGAUAGAGCUCAAACCCUCUUCCUCAUCCACCUGAUGGGCAUUCAUCUUGCGGUAGAGGGCGAGGGACCAGCAAAGACCAUUGAUGACCUCAACCGGAGGAUGAGGUUGGGGAAGAAAACAAAAAAACUGCUGUGGGAAGAGAUGGCUGCAAAGCUUUCCACACAGUUUGGGGAGGACUUCCACCCCGACAAGGUGGCGCGGAAGUGGUUGACAUUGGUGCGGGGCUACAAAAAGGUCAAAGACCACAAUGCUUCCACUGGAAGGGGACCUGGCCGCUUCCAGUUUUUAAAGGAGAUGGAAGAGCUGCUGCAUCAUGAUGUGGAUCCACCUGUCCUUGCGGGCGAUGGACAUGGUGUGGUGGUACGUCGACCGGACGCACUGCGUCGGUCGAACAGUGCCCCCACACCAGUGUCAGAGGACAGGGCUCCCCCAGCUGUGCCUUCCACCAGCACAGCAUCUUCAACCCCACCCACAAGAGCUCCCUCACCAGUGUGGUCCACGAGCUCCAUCUCCCCUUGGCCUCCAUCGAGGCCAAGGAAGCGUCCAACGAAGCAGGAUGAGCUGGUGGCCUACCUAAAGUCGUCUGAUGAGGAGAGGGCUGAUGCUCUGAAGCGGCAGGAGGACUUCAUGAAGGACACCCUGCGGGAGAUGAGGGAAGAUCGGCGGGAGCUCCUCACGCAGUUUACAAGGAUGGUGGACAAGAUGUGAGGCGAUAAUCCUGUCCAUUUAAGUUCAAUGCUUCAAGCAUUGAACUUAAAUGGACAGGUUCAACAGGUUCAUAAGUUCAUUCAAGUUAAAUUAACCUUUGUUUUGC